GGACUAAAAGAAAAAGGGAAAAAUGACUCUGUUUUCCCCCCUUUUCAACCCAAACGGACCCUAAUUACUCCGUAUUUAUGAACUUUUGUAUUGCUUCUGAUAAAUUACAAUUCUAGUCGUCACUGUGCGAUCAGAUCCCGCCGAUGGAUAUGGAAACGGAUCCCGUUGUCUACACGCCGGCCUCCGCCACGAGCACCGCCUCAAACGCCUCCACUCCCGUAGACUCAUCAGCAUCCGCUACAUCUUCGAAGUUGAGCCAGUUGACGGAGUCCUUGAAACUGGAACAUCAGUUUGUCCGCGUGCCCUUCGAGCAAUACAGGAAGAUGGUCCGUUCCAACCACCGCAUCAUCGAGAAGGAAGUUUCAUCAUUACUCUCUUGCGUCGGAGAAGCCGCGGAGUCUGACAUCACCGGCGAUGAAGCAGCUCAACGCAUCAAUUCGCUUGUCUCUAGGCUGCAAGGGCUUAAACGGAAGUUGGAAGAGGGGAGUCAAAUGGAGAACAUGCAAGCUCAGAGAUGUCGAGCACGUCUUGACCAUUUAGAAUCAAUGAAUGCCGAGAACCUAUCAGUUUUGAACUGCAACCGGUUGAAUCGUAUGCUGGUCGAUUACAUGUUGAGGAUGUCUUACUAUGAUACUGCUACAAAGUUUGCAGAUUUUAGCAAUAUAAUGGAGCUUGUUGAUAUUGAGGUAUUUUAUGAAGCAAAGAAGGUUAUUGAUGCUAUUCACAACAAGGAGGUAUCCCCAGCCUUGGCUUGGUGUGCUGAAAACAAGUCCAGGCUGAAGAAAUCAAAGAGCAAAUUUGAGUUUCAUUUGAGACUGCAAGAAUUCGUAGAGAUGGUAAGAGAUGAAAAAAGGAUGCAAGCUAUUAUGUAUGCCCGGAAGUAUCUGUCCUCGUGGGGGUCCUCCCAUAUGAAAGAGUUCCAGAGAGUUGCGACCACAGUUGCCUUUAAGAGUAAUACUGAAUGUGCAGCAUACAAGUUGUUGUUUGAAGCAAAGCAAUGGGAUUACCUAGUCGAUCAGUUCAAACAAGAGUUUUGCAAAUUGUAUGGCAUGACCCUUGAGCCUUUGUUGAACAUAUACCUUCAAGCAGGCAUCUGUGUGCUGAAAACUUCAUUCUGUUAUCAAGAUGACUGUCCAAAGGAAGACCCAUUGUCGCAGGAGAGUUUCCGGAAAUUAUCACAACCACUGCCAUUCUCCAAACAGCGUCAUUCAAAACUCGUUUGCUAUAUAACAAAGGAGUUGAUGGAUACUGAAAACCCUCCACUAGUCUUGCCAAACGGCUAUGUCUAUAGCACUAAGGUUGGUAGCUCUUCUUCUUUUUCUUUGUUACUGAACAUUUAGGGCCCGUUUGGUGAGCACUGAAGAUUUGUGUUUUGAAUUUUUGAUAUCUCCCAAAAUGAGAAUCCUUUUGUAGUGUUUGGUGAAGUCAAAACAUAGUUCUGCUUUGAUAUCUCCCGAUAUCACAACCCAUCCAACACGGGUGUUUUGAUAUUUCCCUCAACCGCUGGACACCCACUGCCGUCCGCCCCGGCCACCGCCGACUGCCCCUUGCCGGUCACUAACAACCAUAUCAACUUUCGGAUCUCCCCAAACACUUUCACUUAACAUUUCAGAAGUCAAAUCUUUUCAUCCAGAUUUCAGAUCCCAUAUAUAUCAAUCUUGAUUUGCUCACCAAACGGGCCCUUAUUAUGAUUAUGUGAACUUUUCUUCUAUUCUAUUAAUAAAUGUUGCAAGGCAUUGGAGGAAAUGGCGAAGAAGAACAAUGGAAGAAUCACAUGCCCCCGUACCGGGGUCACCUGCAACUACACAGAUCUAACCAAGGCCUAUAUAUCAUGAUGACUGCAGCUUCCCUACUAUUUGAUCUUCUGCUUGAAAUGAUUUCUAAGAGUCUUGGAGAGGGGGUUUACCCAGUGUCUAAAUGUUACUUGUACAUAAAUCACACAAUGACCUAUAUACCCUGUAAUGAUCGGAUUGUUUUGUUGCAGAAAUUGCCAUUUCAGUGAUUUAUGGUGCUUCAGUUGUGGUCUUACCCAAUAAUAAAUUGAAAAUCUCCAUUGCACCAUGGAGUU